UUUUUUAUUUUUUUUUUAGAUCAGUAAAAUCAAUAGUUCUUAAUCAACCAACAAACGGAGCAAAUGCCCAAAAAUAUUCCAAGGAAAAUUUCCCAUAUAAACGCUUUUAACUAAAUACGAUAAUUUCCCUCUCCCAUCAACAGACACAAAAUGACAAAUGUGCAAUAAUUGGAAAAUUUCUCGAAAAAAGAAGAAAAAUAAAAUAGUUUAAAAAUUAUUUCAAGAUUUACAAAUGCUAAUUAAACAAUAACAAUUAUAAUCAGACAAGUAAAUAGCACAAACACCACAUCAAAUUGUGGGAGAUAAUAAUUUCGAAAGCAAACUACAUACAUACCAAACAAAUUAAUAGUUACAAUAAUAAGAACAACAACAAUAAAAAAAAAAUAAUAAACAAUUAUCGUAAUAAUCUAGCAUCAUAAACAUUUAAAAUUGCCCAUCUCCAUCAAACAGCACCAAUAAACAUUUCAACAAAACAUAGACACAACAAAAAAGGUAUUGAAACAAAGGGAAACGGAAACCCUUUUUAACAUCAUGUUGUAUGUAUUAAGGUGGAAGGCACCUUGACAUUCUGUUAUUUUCACAUAUCGAGAGCAAGCGAGAGUGUUAGAAAAAGAGAGCAACAACAAAUAAUUUUAAUUGCUUUAUUAUUAUUAUAAAUGAAACUAAAAAGCAAUUAAAUUAUAACUAUUUUUAAUGUCUAGAUGAUAAACAAACAACCAAACCAAAUAUUUACCUAAACCAAUUAAAUAAAAAAGGAAAUAUUUUCUAGAAGAAGAAAAAGAUGAUAUAUUCUAAUAAAUAAUUAAAUAUUAAACAGAAAUUGUCUAUUUAUACUCCAGCAACUGCCUUAAAAUAUUAAAGAUUUUACAAAUCAAGAAACUGCAUAUACAAACAAUAUCACGAUCACUAUGAUGCUUACUAGUGAUACGACACAUCCAAAUCUAUCCACAGCGCAAUGUCUUACAAGCUGCCACAAAUCUCAACAACAUCAUCAACAUCCACAGCAAACAUUAACAUUUCCUCCUCUACAGAAUGCACCUGCCACAAAUCACACAACGACCUCCACAAAGAAACCUCGAAGUCUACACGAUAUGUUACUCGAAACACUAGAUUGUGUACUGUCGUGUCUAAUAGUAGCGCCCUGUGUCAUUGCCUAUUGGCGCGGCACUUGGGAACUAAUUGGUGUUCUAAUCUUUCCCAAGAGUGUACCUCUAUCGGCGCUCUGCUCAUUUCUCAUCGGAGGUCUGGGUCACAUGCUGUUCACACUGACACAACGUUUCUUUAUAGAUAACAUACAUCCGGACAAGCAUCGUCUUACCUUCUAUGUAUUUUCACGUUUUUACACCUUCAUCUUUGGCAUUGUGUGUGUGAAUAUGUGGAGAGGGUCAUGGGUACUGUGCGAUUGGUUAACUAGUGCCGAUUCGUUAAUUAUUAUUUGUGUAGUUACGCUAGUGGCCUUGUUAUUUCUAAUAGCUACUCGUACCGUACGAAAUUUGGGAGCUGCACCGUAUUCGGUUAUUAUGGAUCAUAAAAGUGAUUAUUUUGAAGUGGAAACCAUGUUUAAAGUAGGGGGUUUUCACCAGCCCGGUUUGUAUGUAAUGGAUACAUUGUUUUCGGUAUUUGUUAUCGGCUCUCUGGUAGUAAUAGCUUGGAGAGGUCUUUGGGGCAUAAUGGAUCUAACAUUGUAUCCGGAAGAUAGAGCAAGAUCAGCCUGGGGAUCAUUGAUCAUGGGCUACAUAACUGUAUUCUUUACGUUGAUUUUGCAUCCGUUAGUACGUUGGGUAUGCAAACGUAUUGAUGGUCUAAUGAAAUUAAUCUUUUGUGAUGUUUAUUAUUUUGCCGAAUUCUUUGGAGCGGUGAAUGCCUGGCGUGGAAUAUGGAUACUUUUGGAUGUUUAUUUAUAUCCAGAUAAUCCCAUUUUAAGUUACUGUUUAACACAUCUGAUACCUUUCCUUAUAUUAGCCGCCUUAAAAUGUUCCAAUUCGAUAUUGGUGCGUGGUGUUUACAUAGAUGCCGAUGGUCCUGGCGGCCAAUGUGUCGACAUACCUAUUAAUUAUGUUAAAUUACAUUUUGAAAGAGAACGAACUAAGAAGCGCAACUCUAACCAAAUAUACUCUCAAUCUAAACCAAAUCUUAUAAUCAAAUCGCCCCAUGACAAGGAGGCACAAUGUGUAUUAAUUGAAAAACCAACGAAAUCUGAAAUAAAAAUUCAAUCUGGAAUGGAUGCAACACAAUUGGUUUAACCAUUUAUCUGGGACUGAGUUACAAAACAAUUUAUAAAAAUGUAUUUCACAAAUACUUAAGAAGAGAUGAAAGAAAAUAACAACAACAUUAAUGUUGUUAUAUUGUCUUUUAGAAAAUUACCAAAAGCGAAAAAGAAUGCCCUUAAAAUGUUUUGUUUUUAAAAUAAUAUUAAUUUAAUAAUUAAUUUAAUUACAUUAUUAUUACAACACAGUAGUGUAGAGUAACAAAUAAUUAUGUAAAAUUGUACAAAAAAAAUAACAAUCAAUUAAUUUUCAAUUAAGUAUAAUUAAUUAAGUUAUAAAAAAAGAAACUGAAAGAAAUAUUUACUUGUUGCAAUUAUGGAAAUUAACUAAUUUAACUUUUAAGUUAGAAUUAUAAGAAUACUUUACAACGAACAAAAAAAAGUUUGAAAUUAAAAAUAUCAAAAGUUUUCCAUUUUAACAUAGAUUUAUAACAACUAAAAGUAUUAGUUAUAAAGUAUAAACAAUUUUAAAACAUUUAAAACUCCCCUAAGAAGAGAUUAAUUUAAAGCAUUAAAAUGAAUUUAAUAAUCAAAAUAAUGUCCUUAAUUAUCAGGUUUCUUCCUUUUUUUGUUU